UGAGUCCGUUGUCGAGCUCCUUCUCAAAUAACUCACUGACCCUCUCAUUCAAGAAUCCAUUUUAUUAUGUGGGGUUCGCAAUCAAGUCGAAUGGCUUGACGCUGAAUUUAGGAGGAUGGGAUGCUUCUUGAAAGAUGCAGACGCCAAACAAGAAGGAGAUAAAAGAGUGAAAAACUGGGUGAGGGAGGUGAGAGAUGUUGCAUAUGAUGCUGAGGACAUCAUCCACACUUUUCUCUUCAAGAUAGCAACCUCAAGGGGAAGUGGAUUUCUGGGCUGCAUUAAAAGGUAUGCUUGCAUCCCCGUUGAGUUGAAAGCUCUCCAUGAUGUGGGCUCGGAGAUCCAACGGAUAAACAAUAAAAUCCAUAGGAUCUCUGAAAGUAGGUCGACUUAUGGAAUUGCCGAUAUAAGCCAGGGAGCGGGGAAGAGCUCCGCAGAUCCAAUCCAUGAAGAACGGAGGCUCACUUCUCUUAACUCUGAAGAAUCAGAUUUUGUUGGUUUUUUUCAAAAGGAGUCAGAGGCACUGGUCAAGAAGUUGACCAAUGAGAGCGAGCAAAGACGUUGUCUUGUUUCUGUAGUUGGAAUGGGUGGUCUCGGCAAGACCACUCUUACGAAGAAAGUUUAUAACGACCCUCGUGUUAAAGCACAUUUUGACUCUUUUGCAUGGAUUUCUAUAUCACAAGACUAUGUUGUGACGGAUCUUCUUCAGAAAAUCUUAAAUUGUUACAUCUCAAAAGAUAAGCUCAAGGAAGUGAAGGAAAUGGACGUCAAUCAGUUGAAGCAUGAAAUUUCUGAGCAUUUGAAAGAGAAGAGAUACCUGGUGGUAUUAGAUGAUAUAUGGUCAAAGGAAGCGUGGAAUGAUUUGAAGGGUGCAUUUCCAGAAACGAACAAUGGCAGUAGGGUUGUCCUCACCACACGAAAAGAAGACGUAGCUUUAUAUGCACAAAGCGAGGUCCAUAGACCGGGAAUUUUAAACGAGGAAGAGAGCUGGGAAUUAUUCUGCAAGAAAACAUUCCCAGGACAUGGUGGUUGCCCUCCGGAAUUGGUGGACGUGGGAAAAAGGAUUGUGCAAAAAUGCUACGGUCUACCUCUUGCUGUCAUUGUCAUCGGUGGGCUCCUAACGACGACGACGAAAGAAGCAGCAGAGUGGAAGAAAGUACACGAGAGCAGCAGCUGGCAUUUAGUCAAGGGAGAAAUCAAUAUCUCGGGCAUAUUAUCUUUGAGCUAUAAAGAUCUGCCCUAUUACUUGAAACCAUGUUUUCUCUACCUGGGCAAUUUUCCAGAGGACUACGAAUUCCAUGCCAAGACAUUGAUUCAAAUGUGGGCUGCAGAAGGUUUUCUUGAAGAGCGAGGGGAAGAAACAUUGGAGGAAGUUGGAGAAGAUUAUCUAAUGCAAUUGAUUCAAAGAAGCAUGGUUCAAGUCACAGAAAGAAGUUCAAGCCGAGGUAUUAAAAGAUGUCGCAUCCAUGAUCUUUUGCGGGAUCUCUCCAUAUCAAAAGCUAAGGAAGAUAUGUUUCUUCAAGUUCACAGUAGGAUCAAUGCAAAUGCUCCUCCUGCAUCUAGAGCCCGUCGACUUGCAAUUCACAAUGAUGAUUUACGUGAGUACACAUCCUUAAAAUCUUUCACUCCACAACUUCGUUCUGUGUUGAUAUACACCCAGGGCUCUACAUGGCUUCAAAGAGAAGAAGAAAAGUUUCUCUUUAGAGGCUUUAAGUUGCUUAGGGUGUUGUAUAUACACGGUGCAUGCAUUAAAAAGCUACCGAAGGAAAUAGGUGAACUAAUCCACUUGAGAUACCUCGGCUGUACUGAAGCUUAUUUAGAAAGCAUCCCAUCGUCGAUAGGCAAUCUUCCUAAUUUACAAACUCUAUUUGUAGCAUCCCAUUAUAUUAUAAAAGUACCAAGCACAAUCGAGAAGAUGCAACUGUUAAGACAUUUUCAAGUGAAGAGCAUAUCUAAGGGGUCUAUAAUGUCUGGAGAGAUAGAAGGGCGUCCAAGGCUUGACCGGAUAAAUAGCCUCCAGACUCUAUCACUUGUAAGAUCUGGCAAAUGGAUGGAAGAUGGUUGCUUGGGAAAGCUCACCAAUCUUAGAAAAUUAGGAAUAUUUGUAUAUAGAGAAACAGAUGCUGAGGUAUUGUACCAAUCGAUUGUCAAUCUGGACUGCCUCCACUCUCUCAAUUUGCAAGGAAGAUUAAGCAAGUUACCCGACUCCAGUUUCUUCCCAACGAACCUCACCAACCUUACCUUGAUCCGCUCCUAUUUAAAGGAUGACCCAAUGGCGACGUUGGAGAAGCUGAAAAACCUUCGCAUUCUCAGAUUGCUGGAUAAUUCAUAUAUGGGAAAGGAAAUGGCUUGCUCUGCACAAGGGUUUCCUCGACUCGAAUCCUUACAUCUUCGUCAGCUAAGUCAAUUAGAAGAGUGGAGAGUGGAGGAAGGAUCUAUGCCAAGUCUUUUACAUUUACAGAUCUAUGAAUGCACGGAAUUGAAUAAGCUUCCGGAAGGACUGCAACAUGUGAGUACCCUCAACAAAUUGGAGUUGCGGAGAAUGUCCGAUGAAUUCAAAGCAAGGCUCGAAGAAGACAGGGGAGAGGAUUGGUAUAAGAUUCGGCAUAUACCCUCCAUCGACAUAAGUUGAAAGCAGUGGGCACAUUCUCUCGUCGC